AUGUCUGGAAAACGUGUCCCAGCACCACCAGGCACGAGAAGGACAUCAAUUGUCGAUUUGCUCUCCGCGCUGCUGUCUGCGCCUGUGUCGCCAAGAAAGUCGUUGAAUGUCCCUGUGGGCACUAUUUCUUGCGCACAAAUGGACCCCGUUCGGUGGGCAGCCGGAUCUGGAGAUCGCGUUGAGACAGGAGCCCUGGAUGAGGACAGUAAGGACAGCCGAAGAUGGGUUUGCUCAGAGAGGACAUUGAGGACUUCCAGUGGACCGAAGACGUCUAGGGCUUCAAAGCCCGGGUAUAAGACCAUGGCAUAA